AUGGCGGAGGAGGAAUUCCAGGAAUCCGACGUCGUUUUCCGAGACUGCGACGAGGUUUCCGCCGCUUACGAUCCGCCGCCGAGGCGGAGGAAGAUAUCGAGAUCGCGAUCGAGAUCGCGAUCGAGAUCUGCGCCGGUGAACAUUCCAACGAACGCGUGGCGGCGAUGCGCGGAUGACGGCGGCGGCGGCGGGGAGGAGGGGGAGAUGGUGCCGCCGCACGUGAUUGUAGGGAGGCGCGUGGCGGGGAAGAUGAUGGCGCUGUCGAUCUGCGGGAUGAUUCUGAGGAAGGGAAGGGAUUUGAGUGAGUUCCGGAAUUUGAUUUUGCGGAUGACUGGCUUGCUCGAAACGUGA